AUGGUAAUGUCUCCAGAGGAGAUUCUUCAUAUUGCGUACGAAGAGCUGGUUGAGAUAGAGCCCACCACCUCAAUACCGGAGCUGUGUCUUAUGGACAGAGUUUAUCCUCCGAUGGUGCCUCUGGACAUAGUAAAGAUCCCACUAUAUGCUGCCUUGCUCCUGAAGAAAUCAAAUAUGUGCAAAAUAAGACUCCCGUUGUACUUGCAACUAGAAAAUCUCAAGGCAGCAGUGGAUACAGAAGUAGAAAAAGUCGACGAGUACUCACGCAUCCACCCGUACUUUUUCCCCCUUGCAAAAGAGCUUCUGGAAUGCUGCUACAACACAGAGAACAUAGAGGAAAGCAAAGUGAUGGUUGAAAAGAUCAGGGAGAUAAGACUUGCAAAAACACUCAAGGGCAUCAAAUGCUUAGACGGAAGAGCCUUGAACAUGAACAAUAUAACACUAUUUGAAUUCAAUGAGGUUAAGGAGCUUAUUAUCGGGUCUACGGAAGUUGGGAGGAAGAUCGAGAGUCUAUCCAAAGGCCAAUGA